AUGCUUACAGCCACCCCCUUGAAUGUGGUGAAGAUGCUGCGGGCUGACCGCAUCCUCCCAAAGUGGGAAGGCAAGGUGUGUCCACGCUAUGAGAAGGGCACCUUGUCUGGGCUGAAGCUCGAAGCUGGCACAGGCAUGCCAAAGCACCGGUGCUCCCAUUGGAAAUGCCGUGUCUACAUCAACCCACAGCACCUGCACCCUCUCUUCGUGGAUGGCCGCGGCGCUGCUGCGCAGCCCUUGCAGACACAGGCAGCCCUCCUCAUGUUGAAGCUCAACAACAUUUCCAACCCUGCGGUCCAUCGUCUUCUUCAUGUCAACCACAAGAUGGUCGAGGACCUUGACAAGAGGCUGUGUCAUGCUCGCAAGACAUGGGUGGAGGCAAAGGAGAAGGACAUUGUCUUUGGCAAGGACCAGAAGUGGGCGGAUGUCGAGGCGGACGAGACGACCUUCGAUCGCAUGGAGCUUGGUAACAAAGCCCCUGACCCCAAGAACCCGGUCGUUUGGGAGCAGUGGUGUGGCAUAGUCCAACGUGGCCACCCGGAGACACUUGUCUUGAGCAGGCUGUCCCCCAGGGAGUCGGCCAAGAGAGCUCCCGGGCCUGGCGCCAUCAGAAAGGUGGAAUGGACUCCUUUGGCAAAGAAGUGGUUGCAGGACAAGAAGGUGAUCCUGCACACUGACUCGGCCAAGAGCUACAAGACCAGGGUGCCUGGGGUGCUCCACGACAAGGUGGUCCACGGGAAGAAGCGGGUCAAAGUCAAGGGUCAGUGGAAGUGGAAGGCCCCAACCUAUGUAAAGCUCGCGAAGCACAAGAACCCGAUCACGAAGAAGAUGAUCACAGUGAAGUCUGGGACACAGGUGGUUGAUCGGGCCUGGAAGUUUUUGAAGGACAGGUUGACCAUCAACCAGAAUGCGAAGGAUCCCUUCCUCAGUUGA